GCUCGCGCAGUGAUCGUUGUCGCACAGCGCUUGGUGGUUACUGACGGUGCAGUGGGCGGUGUGCUGCAUGUUUGCAAACGUAUAUUUCAAUUUAACGGUUAUUUUCAUAACGUCUCGUUCCGCGACCGGUGCCCGUUGUCCGUCGUCCGAUAAACCCGUCUACACGAGUUACGACCGUUUGCCGCCGCUGACCAUCACCAGACAGUUCUGUCCGCCGACUUUUGUCGUUCGACGUGCGCUCCAACACACGCACACAGCCACAUAACCUAUGCACCUCCACCCCCGGGGACUGCCGUUUUUACUGGUUCCCGCCGCCUAAUCAAACAAAAGUCAAAACCGUAUUGUUAUUAUUAUUAUUAUUAUCAUCGUCAACAUCGUCAAUUCUCCAAUCGUCGCAACGGCUACAUAAAUCUUAUUUUAUUUACGUGUUGCGUUUCUGAAUCUUCGUGUGUUAACGUCUCCAGCCGCCGCUUACCCAGUAGUCGGUACACUAGUGUUGGCGGUGAUCGUAAAGUGCUUGCCAGUCACUUCGGACGAGAAACGGUAUUUGAUCGACAAUAGCCAACAUGUCGUCCAGACCAAAAGAAGAAGAGGUGCGAAUCCCGGACGUAAUUUUCGACAACAAGACCAACAAGAAGUAUCAAAAGGGCAGUUUUCUCGGAAAGGGAGGUUUUGCAAAAUGUUAUGAAAUUGUUGAUAUGAAAACCAAAGAAAUCUUCGCUGGGAAAAUUGUUUCUAAAAAAUAUCUAUUGAAACACAAUCAAAAAGAUAAAAUGACACAAGAAAUACAUAUUCACAAGAUGUUAAAACAUAUAAACAUAGUUACUUUUCAUAGUUUCUUUGAGGAUAAUGACUUUGUUUAUAUAGUUUUGGAACUUUGCCGUAAAAGGUCCAUGAUGGAACUGCAUAAGAGAAGAAAAACUCUUACAGAACCUGAAACACGAUACUAUGUAUUUCAAAUUCUUGAAGGCACAUUAUAUUUACAUAACCAGGGCAUUAUUCACCGUGAUCUGAAGUUAGGAAAUCUAUUUUUAAAUGAUGAAAUGGAAGUGAAAAUAGGAGAUUUGGGCUUAGCUGCUAGAAUUGAAUACGAUGGACAGCGUAAAAAAACAUUAUGUGGCACUCCAAACUAUAUCGCUCCAGAAAUUCUUAGCAAGACUGGUCAUAGUUUUGAAGUUGAUGUUUGGUCCAUAGGUUGUAUAAUGUAUACACUGUUGGUUGGCAAACCACCAUUUGAGACAAACUCUCUAAAAGAAACAUAUGCUAGAAUUGCACGAUGUGAUUACAGUUUACCUCCCCAUUUAAAUAAAAAUGCCAGUUCAUUAAUUAAUAAAAUGCUUCAAUAUGAUCCUAAAAAACGUCCGUGUGUUAAUGAUAUAAUGAAAGCUGAUUUCUUUACUACUGGUUAUAUGCCUAAAAAAUUGCCUGCGUCAUGUCUUACAAUGGCUCCUCGUUUUGAUUCAAUCAAUUACAGAGAAUCAAUUUCUAAUCGCAGACCACUCAAUGGUAAUUAUUUAAUCGAACUCAAUAGCCCGAAAGCCGCUAUCAUCAAAGUUGCUACAAAACCUCAAGAUCCGGUUAAUAAAUUACCAAUGUUUAAUAUUCCAAACAAACCUACUACUGGAAAUGGAGUAUCAUCUAAUGACUGCAAAGAAUAUAUGAUGUCCCUUGAAAAAGAAUUGGGAAAUUUAUUAAAAUCUAAACCAUCCAUGAAAGGAAUGAAAAAUAUGGAGGAAAACACUGAUCCUGCUGCGCAGCCUCUUAUUUGGGUUAGUAAAUGGGUCGACUAUUCCGAUAAAUAUGGAUUUGGAUAUGAGUUGUCUGAUGAUUGUGUUGGUGUUAUGUUCAAUGAUUUUACCAGAAUAGUACUUUUAGCCAAUCUAAAAGAUGUUCAUUACAUAGAAAGAAGUGGUUCUGAACAAUACCAUACAACUGAUCAUACCCCACCUGCAUUGGAAAAAAAAAUGAAGUUAUUAAUGUACUUCAGACGGUAUAUGAAUGAUCAUCUCAUUAAAGCUGGUGCUGAUAUAUUAGCUAAAGACGCAGACCAAUUGAGUCGUACACCAUAUAUGUACCAGUGGUAUAGAUCUACUUCAUCAGUUAUUAUGCAACUUACUAAUGGCACUUUACAAAUCAAUUUCACAGAUCAUACUAAAGUAAUAUUGUGUCCAUUAAUGAAUGCUGUAACCUUCAUUGAAAAUAAUGUAUUCCGUACAUACCGUUUUAAUACAAUUGCUGAACAUGGCUGUAGCCCUGAAUUAGGGAAAUGCUUGGAAUAUGCUCAUAAGAAAAUUGGUUCAAUAUUAAAAGAUAGCCCAGUUUAAUUUACUUGAAAAUGACGAGUAUAUUUGAUUUAUAGUUAUGAUAAUUAAUGAAAAACCAGUAUGUUAAAAGAGCUAUAUUUAAGAUUGUAAAUAGUUACUAUUAUUUUUUUUAUUUCUCAAUAUUAAUAUUAAAUCAUAAAUUCAAAUAGUUUCAUUUAUAAUUAUUUUUAUUAUUUCUAUUUUGUGAUUUUUGUUAUUUAGAAAACUAUUAUUUCAUCAAAAUAUAAGUACUUAAGAUCAAUACAAUUAGUUAAAUUUCACGCACAUCCAAUGUUGUUUUUCAUUGGUUGCAUUAAAAAAGACAAUAUUAAGGAAGAUCUUAGUAUAACUUUUUCAUUUUAACUUAUUUUAUAUUUGAAAUAAGCUAUGCUUUUAAGCAUAUUAUAUUAAGAUUUAUUUUAAAUUUUGUGGUUAUUUUCCAAUAAAAACUGUGUUCAAGAGUAACUCAAUUAUUUUUGAUAACUAAUUGAACAAUUUAUACUUAAUCAUUUUCUGUUUUACUUACAUAAAUAAGUAUUAUUAUUAGUUUUGAUUUUGUUUCAUGAUGAUAUAUUAUGUUUUUUCAACCAUAUAUUUUAGUUCUGUAACUUAUAAUUAUAUUUUUUUCAAUCUUAAUUUGUAUUGAAAAUUGUGUUACAAGUUUAUAUAACACCUGACAACAGUUAACUUAAUUCCAUAAAUAGACAAAUUUUAUCAUGAGGCCAGGUCAAGCCAAUUAAUAUUAAAUGACAUAUUUGUAAAUAAUUUUUUCUAUAGUAUAAUAGUUAUAAGAUUUUAAAAUUUAAAACCUUUAUCUUAAUGAAAUUAUAAAACAAUAAAUAUUCUACAUUAUCA